UUUUAAAUAAUUCAAAAAAAUUAUAAUUUAAAAUAUUAAUAUGAUAACAGGAAUAUUUCCAAGAAAGUCAAUUGAAAGCUGAAAUAAUAUGUUUUUAGGCUAAAUAAUCCACAUAUGAUCGUACAACUCCACGAUAAUCUUUAAAAACGCGUGUAGAGGUUUUAUGAAAUAUUUCAAUGAUUUAGUUUUAAUUUUAUUUUAAAAAUAUUUAAAAUAAUGGAUGAAGACGAAGAUACACCAAUUUUAGAAAUACCCGUUCAUGUGUCGAAACGUUUAGCAGAAAACUUGUAUAUAUUUCAAUAUUUAAACAAAUUACCUCAUAAUAAUAUGACUAAAGAAAAUAUUAAAAAAUGUUCUGUAAAACCAAAAUUUCAAGAGGUUAAUUUAGAAGUCGGUUUAAAUACUGAAUCCAUGAACUACGAUACUUCUAAAGGUGAAAAUUUUGCUAUAAACGUUGACGGAAUGACAGGUUUAAUAGCUGACACUAAAGAAGAAAAAAAAUUUUUUGAUAGUGAAAUUAUGGAUAAACAAACAUAUAAAACUACCAAGGCAGUAAGUGAUUGUUCAAACUAUGCUGUUGGAGUUUUAUCUCAAAAUGAAAUUCAUUUAACACCUUUAAAAGGUAUUUUACAUUUAAGACCUAGUUUAGAACAUUUAGAUAAGUCUGAUAAACGUAACAAAACAAAAGAACAAAAGACUGCAGAAUCUGAAGAUGAACAAGAGCCAUCAACCAGUAGUGUAGAAAAAGUUACUGUGCGUUUUGCACGAGCUGAAACUGAAAGGGAUAAAAAAGCACGAGAGCAAUCAUUUGAUCAUUUUUCGAAACAAUUUUCUGAAGAACCAUGGAUUGAAACAAAAUGGUUUCAUUCGAAUACUCAUGAAGCUGAACUGGAACGAAUGUGUUUAUAUGCACCGCACUCACAAGAUGUUCGGCAUACAGUAUCUUUACCGAAUGAUAAUUAUACAUCACAACUUAUACCGAAAUCGGAAGUAGAUUAUGAAGCUCCGAUUUUAUUAAGUGAUACAGCAAUUUCAAUAGCAGCUUUAAAAACUUUACCAUUAGUAGAACAGUGUCGAAAUUUAAUAAAGGAUGCCAAAAUUUUAAAUUUUGAACAGAUUGUCAAAUUGUUAUCUAUUGAUAUGAGUAAACGAGAUGAAUUACUUCGAGCCUUACCUUCAUCUGCUGUACUAGUAAAAGGUUUAUGGGUAGCGAAAUCUGAGUUAAUAUAUCCGACAAAUUCGUUUUCUAAAAUAAGCGGAGUUCCUGCAGAAUUUAUGUGCCGUGCCAGAGAUUAUGUCUUAUAUUUAUUGACAUCAUCGGAUUAUGUAAAUCGACGUAAAGUUGCAUCAACAGUAAAAAUUCCAGCUGACGAACUAAUGGAAAUUUUUGAAGGUGUAUCCAAAUAUGAAAAGCAUAAAGGUUGGCAAUUAUUACUACCACCAGAUGAACAAUUUAUUGCACGUUAUCCGGAUGUUGUACAACGUCAACAAUUAUUUUGGGAAACAAAAUCCAAACAAUUUAUACAAUAUAUUAAAGAAUUUAGUAAAACAGUGCGUAAUCGAAAAAAAUCGAAUCGUGAAAGUGUUAGUUCAGUUUCUGAUGUUGAAAUUGUACCAAAAAUGAAUGGUGUGAAAAAGCAAAGGGAUAAUUCCUGUAGUUCUGAUACGGAUAGUGGUACUGAAAAAAGUAAAAAAUCAAGUGCUGGUUCACGUAAACGAACUAAAGUUAAUAGAGAUAAUAAUAGUGCUAAUUUAUUUAUGGAAAAACCAAUUACGUUGGAGUGAUAAUUAAAGUUAUAUAUAUAUAUAGUUAAUUAUACAUUAAUUAUGAUAAACGGUGUAUCGUAAAAGUAUGAAGAAAAUUUAACAAAUAAUGUCCUUAUCGUUCUAUGUUUGAAGUAAAACACAUUACAGGGCCAAAAAAAGAGCUUAAAAGUCCUCAGAGUAAAAGCAAAUUUGGGGACUCCAUCGAAAAAUUACUCGUUAUAAUAAUAUUGUAGAUAUACAGAGUAAAAAUAACAGUAUUUUGCCCAUCAAAAAAAUGUUAUCCAUAUCUUAUACUAACUUGUAGAAUCUGUUCUCGACGAGAAUAUAGUUCACAAUCGAGGUUAUGUUAAUAUUAUAAAUAUUUAUUUAACAAUCAUUAUUUGUAUCCUUUUAUGGGUAACAACUUACUUAUGUGCUUAGAUUUAGAUACAUAUUUGACGUACAUCAACUGAAAGGAAGUUUGAAGUAAUUGAUAUAGCAAACGGUAAGGGCGCUAAAUUUAAAUUUAGCGCCCCGCCCCGGUUGUCCUAUUGUAGUUUAGGCAUUAACGAUUUGGUAUAUUUGAACGUUGAUUAAGUCGAAAGACUUUAUAGUGACCCUGAUCUUCAGUAUCAUGAAUUACUUGAAACAAGAAAGUUGUUCCUAAAAAAAUAUCAACAUUUUUUGUUGGAAAGUUUUGUCCGAAAUCCGUAUAUUCAUAGCAAAAUUGUACAGCAAUGCAAGUUCUUUGCAUCGUGAAUGAUCUAUAUUUUUGUAAAAAUUGUUUAUAACAAAAUGUCUUAAAACGAACUUUUAUAAUUUGAAGUUUUUCCGUAUCACUUACAAUUAAUUGUUAGAAGUUGAAAGCAAGUACUUAUUCAUAUAAUUACAGAAAUAAUUUGUAAGAAUAUUUUUUUAACUCUUAUCAGCUAUGAAUGAGUUGAGUUUCAAAGAUUCUGGACAUCAAGGUCAAAGUUAAUGUCUAUCAAAUAUCGAAUGAAAAAAAUAUAAU